GGCAGCCUCUUAAACAAGCGCGGGCUCCAUAAUUGCAUUUUCAUCACUAAAAACAGCUCUUCUGGUCACUACGGAGCACUUUUUUUUUAUUAUCUCCUACAUAUAUCUCCUAUAUAUCUUCAUAUCUUGCGGAUGGUCUAAUUUCCUUUAAACCCGUUUUUGCUGUUGUGGAAAAAAAAUCUGAUUCCAGGAGGACUGAUAUUUUUUUUGUGGGCAGGGGGACUAAAACUGCUGAGCUCCGCAAGGAAGUUGCCCGAGGCGGACAGGGACCCCGAGGAGGAGUCCGUGCGCGGAUGAGGCUGGAGACGGUGCUCCUCACCCUUCACACACUGUCGGAUCAAUUUGAUUUCCUGAGGCUCUACUGAAGAUGUGACUUGUUGGAUUACAGGCUCAACUCCCAGACAAGAUUUCUACGACAUCGCUGCCACAUUUCUAUGCUACCGCUCCCUUUAUCACACUGUUGAUUCUGGAAUAUGAUUCGCUCAUGGGGCUCGGCUAGCUCCACCCGUGGGGCCCUCUACCCAUCUCAUUUUAACCAAUAGGAAGGCCCUACUUUUUGAUAUUCCCCAAAAGCACAUCUUCGGUUUUGGAAUACCAGUCCGAAAUCCCCGUUUGAGAUCACUUUGGCUCUUGUUUGGUAAUCAUGGAAUCACAGUGGAACCCGACUUCAUACCCGCAGUCUCCCGUCGUCUUUCUGCUUAUGGCGACUUCCUACACUUGGCUCCUUCCUGUCACCUCCGCUCAGCGAAUCCCAAUAGACCCCCAGGCGGCACCUGAGUACGCCCACUCUAUCCGACUGGACGGGGACAUCAUCCUUGGCGGAUUAUUUCCCGUGCACUCGCGAGGCGACCGCGGCACGCCCUGCGGGGAGCUAAAAAAGGAAAAGGGAAUCCAUCGUUUGGAGGCCAUGAUGUUCGCCAUAGACCUGAUCAACAAGGACCCCGAGCUGCUUCCCAACAUCACGCUGGGGGCCCGGAUCUUGGAUACCUGCUCCAGGGACACAUACGCUCUGGAGCAGUCCCUGACGUUCGUGCAGGCCUUGAUAGAGAGGGACGGCUCCGACGUCCGCUGCGCUAACGGAGACCCUCCGAUCUUCACCAAGCCGGAUAAAAUCGUGGGGGUGAUAGGCGCCGCGGCCAGCUCAGUGUCCAUCAUGGUGGCCAACAUCUUGCGCCUGUUUAAGAUCCCCCAGAUCAGCUACGCCUCCACAGCCCCAGAACUGAGCGACAACACUCGUUAUGACUUCUUCUCCCGCGUGGUACCGCCGGACUCCUACCAGGCCCAGGCCAUGAUGGACAUCGUCACGGCGAUGGAGUGGAACUACGUGUCUACUCUAGCCUCAGAGGGCAACUAUGGAGAGAGCGGCGUGGAGGCCUUCAUCCAGAUCUCCAGAGAAACUGGUGGUGUGUGUAUCGCCCAGUCCUUGAAGAUCCCCAGGGAGCCCAGGCCAGGGGAGUUUGACAAGAUCAUCAGACGCCUGCUGGAGACCUCCAAUGCCAGGGCCGUCAUCAUGUUCGCUAAUGAGGACGACAUACGACGAGUUCUGGAUGCAGCCAAAAAGAACAACCAGACGGGUCACUUCCUGUGGGUUGGCUCAGACAGCUGGGGGUCCAAAAUCUCCCCUGUGAUUGGCCAGGAGAGAGUGGCAGAGGGAGCCAUCACGAUACUCCCAAAACGAGCAUCUGUGGAUGCUUUUGAUCGGUAUUUCCGCAGCCGCUCACUGUCAAACAACAGAAGAAACGUUUGGUUUGCUGAAUUCUGGGAGGAAAACUUCAACUGUAAGCUGGGGAUGCACGGUAAACGGCCUGGCAGCCUGAAGAAGUGCACAGGUUUAGAAAAAGUUGGUCGUGAUUCCAGUUACGAACAAGAGGGGAAGGUUCAGUUUGUGAUGGAUGCGGUGUACGCCAUGGCCCACGCUCUGCACCGCAUGCACCGGGAGCUCUGCUACGGAUACCCGGGCCUCUGCCCGCGCAUGGCCAACAACAUCGAUGGCAAAGAGCUGCUCAGCCACAUUCGUGCCGUCAGCUUCAAUGGAAGUGCCGGCACGCCAGUGGUUUUCAAUGAGAACGGAGACGCUCCAGGAAGAUACGAUAUCUUCCAGUACCAAAUCACCAACAGGUCUACUGCAGAGUACAGAGUCAUUGGCUCCUGGACCAAUAAACUACACCUCAAAGUUGAGGCCAUGCGUUGGAAAACAGGUGACCCAUCUUUCCCACCGUCUGUAUGCAGCAUCCCAUGCCGUGCGGGCGAAAGGAAGAAAGUGGUCAAAGGAGUGCCGUGUUGCUGGCACUGUGAGCGCUGUGAGGGAUACCACUAUCAGGCAUCAGAGUUCACAUGUGAGCUGUGUCCAUACGAGAUGCGACCUGAUGCCAACCGCACCGGCUGUGUCCCCAUCCCGAUCAUCAAGCUGGAGUGGCACUCCCCCUGGGCCGUCGUCCCCGUCUUCAUCUCCAUGUUGGGCAUCAUCGCCACCUCUUUUGUCAUUGUCACAUUCGUCCGGUACAACGACACGCCAAUCGUGCGAGCCUCGGGACGGGAGAUGAGCUACGUGCUGCUAACGGGAAUCUUCCUUUGUUACGCCAUCACGUUCCUGAUGAUCGCGACGCCAGACGUGGUGGUGUGUUCAUUCAGGAGGAUUUUCUUGGGCUUGGGGAUGUGUUUCAGCUACGCCGCGCUGCUCACCAAGACCAACAGGAUACACCGCAUCUUUGAACAAGGAAAGAAGUCUGUAACAGCACCCAGGUUCAUCUCUCCUGCCUCCCAGCUCGUCAUCACUUUCUCACUCAUCUCAGUUCAGCUACUGGGUGUCUUCCUCUGGUUCGCGGUGGACCCUCCCCACACGGUCGUGGACUACGGCGAGCAGCGGACCCAGGAUCCCAUGUCGGCGCGUGGGGUCCUCAAAUGUGACAUCUCGGACCUGUCCCUCAUCUGCUCCUUGGGUUACUCCAUCCUGCUGAUGGUGACGUGCACAGUUUACGCCAUUAAGACGCGAGGUGUGCCCGAGACCUUCAACGAGGCCAAGCCCAUCGGAUUUACCAUGUACACCACCUGCAUCAUCUGGCUGGCGUUCAUACCCAUCUUCUUUGGCACGUCACAGUCUGCAGAGAGGAUGUAUAUCCAAACUACCACCCUGACCAUCUCUCUCAGCCUGUCUGCCUCUGUGUCUCUGGGGAUGCUCUACAUGCCCAAGGUCUAUAUCAUCCUCUUUCACCCCGAGCAGAACGUACCCAAACGGAAACGCAGUUUCAAGGGGUGCGAGAAAAACAAAGUUUCCUUUAAGGCAAUUGUGACAGCUGCCACCAUGUCGGGGAAACUGACCCAGAAGGGAGGCGACCGGCCCAAUGGAGAGGUGAAGACUGAGCUAUGUGAGAGCAUGGAGACCAACAGUGACUUCAUCAACUAAGACGACAUACGUGAGCUACAGCAAUCAUGCCAUUUGAAGGGACCACAGGGGAUGAAGAAAGGGAUUGGACAGGAGAGGGGGGCGUGUCUUGGGGCAGUGCCAAGCGAAAGAAGGCGCCGUCGUUCUCAGCCGAUCGGCUGAAGGACUGACGGACAGACUCAAGCGCCCAACGGAAUCCAAGCAUGAGACAUUUUGUAUUGUUCCGCAUCAAACCACAGAGAGGUGGGACCACAUAAACAGCCAGUCAGUGUGCCUGCUUUCCUGCUGCUCACAGCUCAUUGGUCCUACCAUGAACUUACCUGUUUUAAAAAAAUUAAAUAAAAAAGAGACAACAUGAAAAAAGUGACAUACCAUAGGACACUGUGGUGGACAGAGUAACUAUUAAAACCUCCAAAAAAAUCAUAAAAAAGAAAAGACAAAAGAACAAAAAAAACUCAGAAACCAUGUAGACAUUAUAUCUAAAAGGGCAAACGUGGGGCUGGGAAAGAGAUUUAACAGAUAACAUUUUAAAAGAUAUUUAAAAAGAGAAAUGUAAGAGAAAAUCUAUGAGACUCAAACAUGUUUGUUGUUAUUCUCUACUUGUAAGUAUUUUUGUGGUUGUGACGAUUUUUUCAUUCUUGUCUCACCGUUGUCUGAUGGAUCGCCCUUGCAUAAUGAGAUGAGUGUGUUUCCUCCUGCUGUCUUGGCUAACCGGGUUGUAGCCUUGGGUUGUGAACCUGUAAAAUGCCAUGGUUGAAGCAUGCCAGUUUUUAUACAAAAAGGAGAUUUAUUUAUA